UUUUGGACUUCCUUAGGUUUUCUCUUGGACUCGUGAUCAGGACCAUGCCAACCCGUCCUAAGCUAUUGGGCAAAUCAAAUCAAAGGCCAAACACAAUCCAAUAGACUCCAAUAAAGACUUUUUUCGAUUUUUAAAAUUAUUUUUUAUUCCAUUAUUGUUCUAGUAUGUUUGUGGAUUUAAGAAUUUUGAGACGAUAAAUCUUGUAGUUGUUUAUGUUCUAUAUGUUUUUUAUUUUUUUUUUAAUUAUAAGAUAUCUUUCUAAUUUUUUAAAAUAAUUUUUUUAAGUAUUUAAUUUUGUUAUUUAAAAAUGUCUACAGAAUUUCCAAAACAAUCAAGUUUAGAAUCUUCCAAAAUAUCUUCAGAUGGAUCCCCUCCCAGAGAAGAAAAUUUUAUUGAAUCGUUAAACUCACAAGUGGAUAAAAGCAAUAUAGAAGAAAUAAUUAAAACACAAAAACGAUCGUUGGAACGUUUUGAAAAAACAAAUGAAAUGUUGGGAAAUUGUUGCAUUUUGGCAGAAAAGCGAUUGGAAAAAGCUAAAAAAGAAUUUGCUUCAAAUAAAGAACAAAUAUUGCAAGCAAAACAAGAUUUGGAUUUUAUUUUUAGAAAAAUAUUUAAUUUGAAAAAAAUUUUGGCUAAAGAAUAUCCGAAAGAAUAUGAAGAAGAAGGAAUAAAAAGAGUGGAAGGAGGAGAAUUGGAGCGUGCCGUAAUACCAACCGCCGAAAUACCAAAGGUUUCUUCUAGAGAUCGAGCGGGUCUGGACCAAGGCCUGGGUUUUUCCUGUACCCAGAGUUCAGCAAUUUUUUGACCUUCCUGGAUUUUCCCUGGACUACAGGCCCAGGAUCGGCUGAGGUCAUUAAAUCAAACCAAGAGGCAUGCCCAAGCUUUUCAAAAAUCUCGAUCUCUAGUUUCUACAAAAGGAAAGUUCCAUUAUUUUUGCUGAUGUUGUUUGUUCUUGUUCCAUCAAUCUCCAUCAAAGAUUGCUCUCUCAACGUGGAAGGUUGUUAAUAAUCAACAUUUUGGUAUUUCGGCGUGUUUGGUAUUACGGCAUUCUACUCAGAGAAAUUUAAAAGGACCUCUUUUCUUUGCCUUUUCAGUUGUUUUUUCUGUUGGUACAAUUUCUGCGGUUUUGUGGGACAUUGAAAGACAAAAGGAUAGAAGGACUGAAACUGUCAGGUUUGUGUUUAUUUAAUUGGAUUUUAUAUUGGGUUAGGGGGCUCUUUUUUGUGAAGACUGGGAUUAGG